UUGAGUGAUGGGCAUUCCCGUUCUCCCAUCGGAAGCACUACUCCACUAGAGCUUACUCUCUUAUAAGCACCUUCUUCGACUUGAAUUCCUGUACAACUCAGCUUCGUAGACUCUUCCGUUGGGUUCACAAACGAUCAAGAUUACGACUGAGUCGUACGAACGUCUGAUAUCAUGGCUUUCAUACUUACACAUCCCUACCUGUUUCUGGCAGCGUAUUUCUCAUUACUCCCCUUAUCCCUAUUCGUAUAUCGCUUAUUCCUACAUCCGCUUGCGAAGAUACCAGGACCGAGACUCGCCGCCAUCACAAGUCUAUGGUAUGUAUACCAGGUAAAGCAAGGCCGGAUGGCGGCCCUUAGCAAGAACUUGCAUAAGAAGUAUGGACCAGUGGUUCGGAUAAGUCCGAAUGAAGUCUCAUUCGAUUCCAGAGAGGCUUUCCAGGCAAUUUAUACUGGAAGCCACUAUAUUGAAAAGGGUGACUUUUACUGGGCCCUAAGUGGCAACCCGGGAACGAUAGACUGGCGAUUUCGUCGACACCCAGGCGACGCCUUCGCCUUUAAUGGAGAGCUUGAUAUGCAGCGCUACAAGAGCCAUAGAAAGAGCAUCACGGGCACGUACACCACAGCCUCUCUUAAGAAAUAUAGCGAUCGUAUCGAUGAGGUGGUGGAUCGUUUCAUUGCCAAGUUAAAGACGCAGGAAGGAGAGGAACUGGACCUUGCCGAAUGGAUGCAUCUCGCCGUUGUCGAGUGUCUUUGUGCCAUCACUCUAAACUGGUCUCCCGGGUUCAUCAAGGAUGAAAGUGACCACGGAUUCCUCGCCAAGAGCAUCAAGCAAUGGCGGCAGAUCACCGCUUUCGGCUCCUUACAAUCGUGGCUUAUUAUUGUCCAAAAAUGGCCUUCGCUUCGAUCCAGGGUCGCUAAGCUCUUCGGAGUUGAUAUCAAGUUACCUGCGAGUUAUGUGCCAUUUGAGCCACGAGCCCUCGAAAUCAUAAAAGCCCGCACCGCCGCCUUCGUCUCCUCGGAGAAACAACUCCACCCCGCCCACACCGACGCAGAAGCCGAAGCCGCAGCCCCAGACAUGCUAUCGGAGCUCCUCGCCGCCACAACCACAAAGCCGAACUGGAAAGUGCACUACGCCUCCACGAUGGCAAGUUUCAACUUCGUCGCGGGGCACGAAACCACGACCUCGAUCGCCGCCUCCGCCCUCUCCGCCAUCAGCACUUCCACCGGCGUGCAAUCGCGCAUCCAAGCCGAGCUCGACGAACACAACGGCGACUUCGAUAAAUGCCGGUACCUGCAAGCCGCGAUAAAAGAAACGCUCCGCAUCCACCCCGUCACAGCUCUCGCGUUGUGGCGGAAAGUACCCGCGGGCGCGCCGUUGAGGAUCCAUGGAUACACGUUUCCGCCCGGAACAACGGUCGGGGUCAACGUCCCGGCCAUGCAGGUGAACCCGACGAUCUUCGGCGCGGACGCGGCGCAGUUCAGGCCCGAGAGGUGGCUGGAGAGCGAGGAGGCGUGGCGGAUGCUUGAGCGCGUGAGUUUGGCGUGGGGUGGUGGCGCGCAUACUUGUCCCGGCCGCAACUUGGCGGAGCUUCUGCUUGCGAAGAUCGUGGCGGGCGUGUUGAGGGAGUUCGAGGUCGAGGUUGUGGAGAGGCCGGAUGUGGGCAUGAUGAGGAGUUUCACGUAUGUGGCGAUUAUGACGGGUGUGAAGGUGCGGUUUUGGCCGAGGGAGAGGGUGUAGAUGAUGGUGUGGUGGUGAAGAAGAGUGGAGUUGGGUUUGGGGAUUUUGGUGUAUAUUAGGUAUUAUGUAGGUAGGUUUGUAUGUAAGUAGUUUGGUAUAGUGAUGCUAGUAUUUUCUUGGUAGUUAUACUAAAUAGGUAGGUACCUAGGUGUACGCAUGUUGCUAGUCUCAUGGAUGGCUCAAUCUUUUUAUUACGGCCCUAGACAUUCUGACCGACGACGCUCAUUGCGUUGGGUAGUUGAUCUUGGGACACAUUUCUGAGAUAGUCUUCCCAAGUUACAGGUUUCACCUGAGGAUAUUUGUCAUUAUCAUAUUGA